UAGAGGGGGCUUGACCAUGGAUAGGGCUUGACACCCUAUAAAGAUCCCCUGCUCCAUGAGAAUGCAUUUUUUUGUUAUUGUUUACAUUUUGACCAACUUUCAGCAACCGGCAUAAGUAGGAGUUUUUUUGCUACUUUAUUUAUUACUUUUAAUGUGAAAAAGCCUAUGUUUGUAUCCGUAACAAUUCCAAGAUAUUUUUUGUUUUACGUUUUGUUUGCUAGCUACCGGUAAGCUAGAAACACUCAGGUCUCUCUUUUAAAAAAAAUAUAUAAUACCUUUGUGUCACCAUGGACCAAACCGAGUCUUACCCAGUGAAAUUGUACAUUUACGACAUGUCCAGAGGAAUGGCCCGGCAGCUCAGUCCUCUCAUGCUGGGGAGACAGCUUGAUGGGAUAUGGCAUACUGCUAUUGUGAUCCAUGGAAAGGAGUUCUUCUUUGUGGGACAAGGCAUCAACAAUUGCCCACCUGGGAGCACCCCUUUGGGUCAGCCUGGCUCCGUCGUUGACCUGGGCUCCACUGAGGUGUCUGCAGAGUUAUUUAUGGAGUAUCUGAUGUCACUGGCAGUCUCUACAUAUGGACAGGACACAUACAACCUGUUCGAGCACAACUGCAACACUUUCAGCGACGAGGUGGCUCAGUUCCUCACAGGAAAAAAGAUCCCGUCGUACAUCACAGACCUUCCAUCUGAAGUCCUGUCCACGCCUUUUGGCCAGAUUCUCCGUCCCUUACUGGAUUCCAUCGUCAUAAACCCUGGAGGCAGCAACAUAACGGGACAGCGGUAGAAAACAUUAAAGUAGUUUCAUUUAAGGGUUCACUCUCGCCAUCAGACAACAGCGCCACCUUGUGAUUCAUCUCUGCAAUAAGUCAGUUUUCCUGUUGAAUAGCCAUCAUUAAGACAGUCUUCUCUGUUUUAGUUUCUCCAUUUUCUACAUGUGUGAGGUUUUAAAGACCGCAAGAGAGCCGAUUCCUUGAUAAAUCUCGGACUAUAUUUUAGGAACACAGCUUUUAACACUAGAACCGCCAACGGGUCAAAUGUACCCGC